AUGGGCGGCCCAGGCUGCGGCAAAGAGACACAGUGCAAGAACAUGGCGACCAAGUACGGCUUCUGCCACGUGGGGCUGGGCCAGCUGCUGUGGCAGAAGGCCCAACAAGGCACCCGGCGGGGCCAGAAGAUCCAUGACGUCAUGCUGCAGGGGCUCCUGGUGCCCACAGUGGGCCAGGCCCCCAACCUCAUCAUCGUGUUUGACUGCUCCAUGGAGACAAUGGUCCAGAGAGUGCUGCACCGGGGCCAGGUGGAGUGCCGGGCCUCUGACUGCAAGUUGGCCAUCUGCCAGCGCCUGGAGAUGCAUUACACCCUGUGUGAGCCCACCCUGGCCUUUUACCAACAGAAGAACCUGCUCCGAAACUAA